AUGCGAAGAGACAGAUGGGAACCUACCAUUUCCCCCUCUCCUGCUCAAUUACACAGUCAACAGAAAAGUGAAAGAUUUACCAUGGGUAAUAAACCAUCUCGGCAAGAAUUUGUUUUGCAUGCGCCUACAGAGUUUUCGGAAGGCUUAGUGCGCCAUCUCAAGGAAUCUCCGGAAACGGACACAAGUAGAUGGAUGGACAUGGAAGGUUAUAUCCAAAAGCGCGUGCAAUCCGAAUUAAAAAAACUUCAGGACCGUCAAAAGAAAGUCAUUGAUGUCCUUAUAGAUGAAGAAUGGAAGCAAAAUACAGAACUUGAAAAACAAAACGAAGGAUCCUUAAACUCGAAUCUACUGAAAAACGAAUUCACUGCUUUUCGUGAAAGAUUGGAGAAAGAAUCUAGUGCUCAUCAAUCCAUAAAAAAUGAAACCUUGAAGGAGAUUGAAAACACUCGGUCCGAUUUAUUUGCAUGCAUGUCAGAAAACGCCGAUAAAUCCCUUCUUUGUCGCCCGUUUGCAGAAAAAUUUGUUGCUCUUACAAGCGCUUUUAAAGAAUCUCCCUCUGAUUCUUAA